AUGGGAAUAAAUAAUUGGUGUGUUGAAAAGUACUGUAUAAGAAUCAAACAGAAGCGAUUUGAUAUGAAAAAUAUUCAUUUGAUUGUGUAUGUACUAUUAGUACAAUUUGUAUCUAGUGAGCUGUUAGAACCAAUUUACUAUAAGAAUAAUUCAGACACAAAUAAUUUUUUAAAUGCUACAACUGCACAAGGCAUUCAUAGAAAAAUAGAAGAAAGAGGAGAAUCAACAAAUUCUAUUUAUAGAAAUGGUGUGCUACGGCUUAGUAAUUUAUUCAAUGCAUUUUCUGUUAAGAUAAGACUAAAUGAUCUAUCUGCAAACAUGAACACAAACAUGUCUGUAUUUAGGAAUUGGCAGAAAAUAACUAUUGUAGGUGAAGAUAGUGCACUUUCUCAAAUUAAUAAGCCAGAAUUAAAGAAUUCUAAUUAUUAUUUGCAGAAUAUAGAAACAGCUAAAAAAUUAGAAAACCUUCUAACCCUUCUAUCAUCUAAUAAUAAUUUAUUUGAGAUAGAACUUAAGAAUCUUCAACUGGCAUAUCUACCUACAUCGAUUGAAAAGAUCAAGUCACUGAGGAUUUUAAAGUUUGAAAACAUAAAUUAUCAAUGGAUUAGUACAAGAACAACCGAUUUGAUCCUUUCCAAGAAAGAAACAAGAAGCUCUAAUCUUAUUUUUUGUUUAAAGUAUAUUCAAUCGCUGAAGCAUAUUGUGUUCACUGACUGUACAAUAAAAAAUUACCAAGAAGAUGAAGAGAUGCAUGAUGGCAUAAAAAACAGCUUGGCCAGAAUAAAUUUUGUACGUAUAGACCUAAACUUUAUAAAUGAAUUUAUGUGGUACUACUGCGAAAAUCAAACGGAUAAAAAAUUAACUAUAGAAAUAGCAAGCCCUCUACAGCUAAACUCAAAUAUAUUCUUAGAUAUAGAGGAAGUGAACUCAUCUAUAAAUGAAUUGAUCUUAACAGAGUUUGAUAUUCAGUACACAAAUAAUGUAGUGUUCUCAAAUCUAGGCAAAUUACAAAAAUUCACAUUAAUUAGCCCACCAUAUAAUGAACGCGUAUAUUAUUCCGAUGAAAAAAACAAUUGCAUUGAUUUUUGGAAAAAUCUAUUUAAUAAGCUCCCAGAAAUAACAAUACCAUUGAAUAUAGCUCUACUUUUAGAAGAUUUUCCUAUUAAAUCUAUGCCCAGAUUAACCAUUAUAGAUAAUAGUAGGAAAUUUAAAAUCGCACUAGAAAUUAUAAAGAAAUCCCAUCUUUCCUUAAGACUUUCUACCAAUGUAUCAGAAGAUUUUUUUAUCGAUGUAAUCACGGCAAACCAUUCAAUUUAUAAAUUGGUUUCUGAGUGUACGCAGAUUUCUUUUAUGAUAGAAGAGUAUGUUGGCCCAAUUGAGGAUAUUCUUAUGUUUAUUCUUAACAGUGCGCAUGAAAAUACAAUUAUAAACAUCAAUUUUAUAAUAUUCUCGUACGUCUAUGUACAAAAUUUUAGUAAUGCUCUAGAAAUAAUAAACACCAAUAAAAUAACCGUAAAGCUAUCAAACUUGAACAUACAAAUGUUCUUGUCGCUACUGACCAAAGAAGAAAUUAGUCAAAUCACAUUUACUGGGGGUGCUCUUACAAUUAAUCCUGUAAAUACACCUUAGUUUAACA